AUGCUGACCUUACCUUUAGAUCUCGUACUUCAUAUCGUUGACGUUGGUGAUUUGAGCAUAAAAGAUGUAUUUAGUCUUUAUAAUGCCAACAGGUUGCUAAAACAGAAGCUACUGCAUCCGUAUUUUUGGAACGUUCUUUACAAGAGGCUGUUUGGAAGGAUAUAUUCACAGUUGGAAAUAGAGACUGAUCCCGAAAGCUACUACACAGCAUCCUGUGCCAUUUACAAGUGUCUGCUUGAGUUGGAGUCAUCACUAAAGCUUCUUGAUGAACAAUGUAUAUCUACGCAUCCCAAGCAUAUCACUAGGGAUGCUAUUGCCAACUUGCCGUGGACGAAUGAACAAUAUCAGCGGUACUCAUUAGAUGUUAAUUACCUACCGAUAUUACUUAAAAUGUUCGAGCUUGAGGAUGCCGUUCUUCGAAAGAAAUUGAAAGCUGAAGAAAAAGGCUUCGAUUUUUUCAAGGCUUCUGUCAUUGAACAUUUGCUAUCCAACCAGUUGUACAACAUAGGCCUUAAAAACGCGAGGCGCAUUAAUUCGCAAGAACAAUCACCCCUGUCCUACGAGAGCUUGCAACUCUUGUUAGCGUCAAUGGAAUCACGAGUGUGUCGAGAACAUUCAGGAAUCAUUGAAAAUUUUGAUAUUUUGAAAUUAUACAGUGGGAAAUGCAAGGCUCAUCCGUAUCUUUUGUUUGCCAUUGCGACUAAAAUCUUGUACGAAGGAUGGAAGCAUUUUGGCCUCGAGGUUCCGGAUCCAGUCGAACCUCCUAUUUGCACUCCAUGGUGUGUGAUUUACCAAGAUAUUUAUUUCGACUACGUGAAUCUGAAAUUGUCAUUCCACAAACAUGAAUUUGAUCUGCACGGCGUAUACAAUAUCCGUCAACUGAUGUCAUAUUUGUUUCAGUUGUUUGAUCUUUCUCGUGGAUUGAAGAGCUUGAGGAGAACUGCUGAUUCCACAAAAAUUUUGUCAAUUGUAGGUGUUGAGGACACUUGCACUGAUCUGAACUUUAUCACGAAAAUGAAAUUUUCACGCCAGAGCUUUAGCAGCACGUUCAAGUUUAGUCAAUUUAUGGAACAUCUCGGAGAAGAGGAUGCGCCACUUCAUCAAGUUGUUUUCGAGCAUAAAAGCGAGGUUUCUAAGGCCAAGGAUCAUGUCAACACCCAACAGUUGCAUUUGAGAGGCCUCGUGAUAAGAACAAGACACAAUCAAGCAGCAGUGAUUCUAGGUACUAACGAAUCAUUUUGCAAAAUUUUAACGAUUGGUGGAACCGUAGAAACGGUAAAAAGUGGUUUUGUAACACUGUGGGUGUUUAACAAUGUACUAGAAAUCAACACAUUCGUUCGCUUAAUAGGGUUUAACUUGUUGUUCAGUGCAGGGUUUAGAAGUCUUGAAAUAGACUUGGAAACAGGGUCUAUAACAUUCGUGUCAUGCCAAAAUAUACCAGAUACAUCGCACUUGGGUACCACAAACUCCGCAGUAGCUUAUGUAGGCUCUGAUAAAGAGCCUCACAUCAUUGAAAAUGAGGAGGGGAAAAGGACCACGCCAUCCAUUGUGGCUUUUGAUAACCAAAAGACGUUGGUUGGAAUACCCGCAAAGCGGCAAGCCGUGAUCAACCCUCAAAACACCUUUUUCGCAACGAAGCGGUUAAUUGGAAGAAAAUUCGAAGACAGUGAAGUGCAAAGGGAUAUUAAAAACGUGCCUUAUCGAAUAGUUCCAAACAAGCAGGGAGACGCAGUGCUAAAGACUUCUACAGAUCGUGAAAUAAGCCCUUCGGAGAUUGGAGGUUUGAUUUUGCAAAAGAUGCAGCAGAUUGCAGGAAAGCAAUUGGGAGAAUCCAACAUUAAUCAGGCAGUUGUCACAGUGCCAGCUUAUUUCAACGACAGUCAAAGGCAGGCCACCAAAAACUCAGGCAGGACUGUUGGUUUGGAUGUACUUCGUGUCAUUAACGAACCUACCGCAGCUGCACUUGCAUACGGGUGCGAUAAGUCUAGGAGAGAGGGUGUCGUUGCCGUUUUUGAUUUUGGUGGGGGCACUUUUGACAUUUCCAUUUUGGAUAUCGAAGAUGGCGUCUUUGAAGUGCGAGCCACUAACGGGAAUACACAUUUAGGUGGUGAAGACGUUGAUAUUAUUUUAUUGAAGCGCAUUAUUGAAAGCUUUAAGAAGAAAUAUGGAAUUGACUUGUCUAAAAACGAGCUAGCCGUGCAGAGGAUACGAGAGGCUGCAGAAGAUGCAAAAAUCGAGUUGUCUAAGGUGAAGGAAACCGAAAUUAAUAUACCAUUCAUCUACGAAGAUAAGCACAUUAAAUUCAACCUAACUGAAGAUGAGCUUGACGAUAUGUCAAUGCCUAUUAUAGAGCAAGUAAUAGAGCCAGUAAAGAAAUGCGUGAGAGAUGCAGAGCUUAAAUUUAAAGAUGUCGACGAAAUCCUUUUGGUUGGAGGUAUGACUAGAAUGCCCAAGAUCAGGAAGGUUGUCGAGGAGCUAUUUGGUAAGAAACCAAGCACAGCUGUCAACCCGGAUGAAGCUGUAGCACUCGGUGCUGCGAUUCAAGGAGCUGUUUUAUCUGGUCAAGUGAAAAAUGUGGUGUUGCUUGAUGUCACCCCCUUGUCGUUGGGAAUCGAAACAUAUGGUGGAAUAUUUAGUCCUUUGAUACCAAGGAACUCAGCAGUACCUAUCAAAAAGGAGCAGAUGUUUUCCACGGCUGUAGAUGGACAAACUGGGGUCGAACUACGUGUUUAUCAAGGUGAGAGGAUGCUUGUAAAGGACAAUAAGUUGAUUGGCCAAUUCAAACUAUCAAACAUACCUCAAGGCCCCAAGGGUACCCCGCAGAUUGCGGUUCAGUUCGAGAUUGAUGCGGAUGGUAUUAUUAAGGUCAGUGCAUCAGAUAAAACACCAUAUCCUAAGGACUCUCCUCACUACGGAAAACCAAAUACUGUGUCCAUACAAGUCACUGAAGUGGGGUUGACCGAUUCAGAAGUUGAAAAAAUGAUUCAAGAGAGCAACAGGAAUAAAGAAGCAGACGAAGAGAUGAGAAAAUACUACGAGCAUGCAUCGAGAGCAGAGAUCCUUUGCACUGAUACCGAGAUUGCUUUGAUACAGUUCGGUGACAUGAUGGAGAGCUCAGAGAAGGAAAACAUUAGAGCCUACAUUAACCAAAUAAAAGAAUGCAUCGAGGAUAUAAGAAGUAACAAGAAGCUACAUGAUCCCAAAUUCCUCAACGAUAAGCUUAAUGAGAUGCAGAAGGAAUGCAUGGACGCAAUCAAAAAAGUUGCCGUCAAGCAACAAGAGCAGGAAGGAAAGUAA